UAAAUUAUUAACAUUUAGCUAUGAUAGUUUAGAAAGAUAAAUUCAGGUAUAAGUUGCUGUGGUGUUCUAUAUAUAAUUGGUGGCCACCCACUGAUCAAAAGUUAAUUAAGUGGGAGGGGCUACUCUGUGACCCUUCACUUCUCUGUAUGAUUUCCCAUGCUUCUUCCAGGAGUGAGGAUAUUUACUGGGGAGGGGAUAAAUCACUGAGAAUUACCUCCUUCCCUAUUUGGCUGGUGGAUGCCUCCACUGGAUUAAAAAGUCUUCCAUCAGUAGGGGGAAUACUAAUUCGAUAUGAUCAUGGAAGGCUACAGUUUAUAACCAUUGAUUUAGGAAUAAGUCCAACUGAACUCUAUGGGUCGUAGUCCCCAGUAGAAUGAUAGGGGAUUGGGCUUGAAAUGCUUUCAUUUAAAUGCAGUCCACUUACCAUUCCAGUCAAGUUCCUUUUAUUUUUAAAUCCAUUCAGUCAAGUGAAACUAAUACGGUUUUUAUGUAGCUGGUCUUUUUUUUUUCCCUCAGCCAAAAGUCAGCAGUGUUCCAACUUUUAUAUAUAUAAUAAGCUUUAAACAGAGGUGUUUUUGUAGUGUACAUUAAAAUUUAAAUAAUACAUUUUCAUUGUAUCCUUCAAAAACUCAAGUCAGAAAGUUUACUAUAGAUCUUCAGGCAACUUUUUAACAUCAGAAGCAUCUUCCCCUUUUUGAAGUGGGAUAAACUUUUUUGAAGUUAAUGCAGAGAUCUAAAUUGUUAUCUACAUUAUAUCUUUGGCUUUUUUUAAUGGAACAUCAACAUUACAGCAUGAGUGGAUUAGUUGGGGCUUUUAAUGCAAGAAAUUGCAGAAAAUUGCUCCGUAUUUUUUCCCUUUACAAAUGCCAUUAUACUUCUAGACAAUUAUAUUCUCUAUGAGGACCAAAUUGACUAAAAUUCUGAUGCUUACUCUGAUAAGUAACACUUAAUCACUUCAAGCAAAGGUGACUCCUUGGCAUAGUACUUUGCCAUGUGCAGUCUGUAAUUUCUGGCUAGAUUUAGAACUAAUCCUUUUAGCGGUCUGUGCUUAAAAUAUUUACUCUUGGAUUGUUUAGGCAUAACCCACAAAUACAAUAAUUAGCUGCUGUUAAGCUUCGUAAGGAUAAUAACGGUUAUCCUUAGAGUACAUUUUUAGUAAAGUUCAAUGCAAUAGUAAUCCAUUAUGCAAACAUGGUUAAGCAUGGUUAGUGCAAAAUAAUUUUUAUUUAAUUAUUUAAAGUAUUUUUAUCCUGCUUUUCUACUUCAAAAUGAUUCAGUCCAGAGUCCCUACCCUGAAACAUUUCUGGGUUAAGAACCUGAACAAUUGUAUUGAGGUAAGCCUUGCUCCCAGGACAUCUAUAGAGACAAACAGAAUCUCCUUGUCAUCUUGUAAAUACAACAGUGGAUCAACUGUACUGACAUUAUACAGAUAUAACAUUGUGUCAGUGAUCAAGCAAAUAUUUUUGUAAAGACUCCAGAUUCCACAAUCCCUCGUAAUGCUACCAAGGCCAUGAGCCUUGUUAGGUUAAAGUACUAUAGCUAUGAAUCAUUAUGUUUCUUGCCUUGCUUGAUUUGUUGUGCCAGACUGACCACUGGUGAUCAGCUGGCAAUAUUUUUCACAGCCACUUUCAGCAGAAAAGGCCAGUUUUUGCUUAGCACACUCCUAUUUCCUCUUUUUUUUUCUUUUUGACUGAUUUGGUUAUUUGCCAUUUCUGGGGAUUAAACUUUAAAAAAUGUUCUUCUUUUCUGUAUCUGAUGUUCUGUGUGCUAUUAGUGAUGCAGCCAACACGAACGGUUGUCAUGUGUAACACACCUUUCGAUCACCGUGAAACAACGUCCUGCGAAAGCGUCCAUGCUUGAUAUCGUUUGGUUCAUGAACAUUAAGUUUCCAGUACAGGUAAAAUUCCAGAUGAAGCCAAAGCCCUCUCUCUCUUGGCUCCUGCUCCGACAAUGACAAGCCUGAUUCCUGGUGGAGGGUUGCUUCCUAUACCAACACCUCCUGUGAGUUCAAUAGGAAUUUCCCUUGGUCCACUAGGAGCUAUACCAGCAACAGCAUUGGAUCAUAACAUUACAGCCAUUGGAGACAUACCCCAGCCACCCAUCAUGGGUAAUGUGGAUCCUUCCAAGAUUGAUGAAAUUAGAAGGACUGUAUAUGUUGGAAACCUAAAUUCCCAGACUACAACAGCCGAUCAGUUGCUUGAGUUUUUCAAGCAAGUUGGAGAAGUUAAGUUUGUGCGGAUGGCAGGUGAUGAAACCCAGCCAACACGCUUUGCCUUUGUGGAAUUUGCUGACCAGAAUUCUGUACCUAGAGCCCUUGCCUUUAAUGGAGUUGUGUUUGGAGACAGACCAUUGAAAAUAAAUCACUCCAAUAAUGCAAUAGUGAAGCCUCCUGAAAUGACACCACAAGCUGCUGCGAAGGAGUUGGAAGAAGUGAUGAAGAGAGUACGGGAAGCUCAGUCUUUUAUAUCAGCUGCUAUUGAGCCAGAGUCUGGAAAGAGCAGUGAAAGAAAAGGUGGUCGAUCGCGUUCCCACUCACGUUCAGAAUCCAGAUCUAGUUCAAAAUCUCGAAGGAAAAGAUCACACUCAAAACGCAGGAGUAGAUCCCGUGAUAGAUCACGUUCUAGUCAAAAGGACAGACGCAGAUCCAAAAGCCCACCCAAAAAACGCUCAAAAUCUAAAGAACGUCGAAAAUCAAGAAGCAGCUCUCCUUCUCGGGAGAAGAGGAAAGAAAGCAAAGAAAGAAUUAGAGAAAAAGAGAAGAUUAGAGAGAGAGACAGAGAUAAAGAAAAAGAAAAAGAUAGAGACCGAGAGAAGGAUAGGGGCAGGGAAAAAGAGAGAGGCAGAGAAAAGGAUAGAGGGAGAGAGAGGGAGAAGGAGAAGACCAAGGAUAGAGAGAAGGAGCGAGUGAAAGAUAAGGAGAAGGAGCGAGAAAAAGACAAAGAGAAGGACAGGGACAGGGACAAAGAAAAAGAGAAGGAGAAAGCAGAGAUGGAAAAAGAUAAGCGAGAAGAUUUGGACAAGGAAGGGGAAAGGGGGAGAGAGAGAGAGACAGAGAAAGUGGGAGACAAAGAGAAGAAUGACAAAGAACAAAUCCGAGAAAAGGAGGAAGACAAGGAGAAAGGAAAAGAGGGAGAGAAGGACUAUGAAAAAGACAAAGAAAGGGACAGAACAAAAGACAAAGAUAAAGAAAGGGACCGAGACAGAGUAAGAGAUGAAAAAAAGAAGAAGGAGAAGAGGUCCAGGACACCACCUAGAAGCUACAGUUCCUCAAGAAGAUCGCGUAGUUCCAGCAGAGAUCGAAGGAAGAGGAAGAGCCGAAGUCCUUCGAAGUCUCCUAGACCAUCCAAAAUCACAAAAAGGAAAUCAUCUCGGUCUCCAUCUCCAAGGAGAAACAAGAAAGACAAAAAGGCAGAGAAAGUGAGAGAUGUAAGUAAUGAUCGAAGAGAGAGGGAGAGAUCUACCUCAAAGAAAAAGAGCAGUAAAGACAAAGAGGUCAAAGAGAAAUCAGAUAAAACCACAACUGUGAAGGAUAAAGAUCUCAGUAAAGAGAAUCAGAAUUCUGAAAUCAGUAAAGCAGCAGAGGAAGAGGAGACCACCAUCGCAGAAGAAACUGAGCAACAACAGAAUGGGAACUGUCAACCAAAUGAAGAAACAGUCUCAGUUAAAACUGAAGGUGUGUAGAGGGUUGAAUGCACAUUUGACCCAUUUCACAAAAGAAAUACAAGACCUUUUCUCCUGAUCUCCACAAUCCAUCAAAAGAGGAUAAAAAAUGACUAAGCAAUCAACUGGACAUAUCAUAUUGUGCUAGCAGCUAUUCCAGUCUUGGUGGUUUGGUCGUCUUGAGGACAGACAGGAAGCAGGACUGAGUAAUAGGAUAUGCUGUGGCAAAAGCCAACAGCAACGGUCAAAUCCUCCCAAAUAGAUGCAUUUCAUGGAUAAUAAGAUAGAACAACAACUAUUACAAAUAAGGGGAUGCAGUCUGUACUAUCCUUAAAAGCUGCUGAUGGAUGCAUUUGGAAAUUGUUAAAAUAUUUGUAGGUUGAUGAAUUUUGUUUUUCUUAUGGUUUUAAAACUAAACUCCAUGUGAUAUGUUUUGAUGAUGUGCUUGAAGAUGGUGCAGAAAUAAACAUAUUUCCCUUGAUGUUGUAAAUUACAGUGAUGAAAAGUUUUAACCUAACACAGUUUUACAGUUGUGUUUAUGCCCAUGAAGGCAGGUGAAGAUUCUUUCCUCUAUUGUUUGUGACUUUCUUUUUAUAUUUUUAAAUAAUUUCUUUACAACAUAAAGUCUAAAAUACUUCUCUUAACUAGUAGUUGAUCAAUGCAUGCUGAUGUUCUGAUUCUAAAAAGAAGAUCCAUGUUUAUACUAGAGUUCCAUUCUUCCAGUUAUAAGCACAUCUAUAUAGUAAUUCCAAACAACUGACUUUGUCUCGAGCUGUAUUGCAGAGUGCCUAGUCACUUGCAGAUAGAACAGAAACAGAAAGAUGAAUAUUUUACUUUUGAACUGAGAUGUAGAGCACAAGCUGUUGCUUUAGUGCCUUUGACACAGAGAAUAGUGAUUUCUAGUAAUGUAGGUGUUUUUUAAAUUUCUUUCUAAUUUGUUCUUUUUGAUGAUUCUAUCACACCAAUAGGCAAGCAUUUGAAAGAUCUAUCAGUCAUGUCAACCGUUAGUUAUUUGAUGUAAUUUGAAGAUCUCUUGAUUUUAAGUAAAAAAAAGUCCCAUAGCUAAUCUAAUUACUGUUUAGGGAUCAUUAUAAGGCAAGAACAACCCAGUAUAUAAUCCAGGUAAUCCAUAAAUUUUUGGAUCAUAUACCAAAUCAGGGAGUUGAAUAAUGCUAAAUAAAGAUAAUUUACCUCAACAGGACUGGAAUAUGGAAAGCUCCCUUUAAAAGCAUGUAUCUUCUUAUGGACUAAAUGUAAGAAUUUAUUUCUAUACUAGUGGUGUAAUAUCACAGGAAAAGAAGUAACUAAGAUUCCUGUUCUGUUUGAUAAAGAUAUGAAAGAAAACAGCACAUAAUGGGUGCAACUCAUUCUGGCCUCAUUACAGCCUUUUAAGAUUUACAACAAAAAAUUGUACCUUAUAACACAGUUACUGUAAAAUCAAGAACGAUUUAAAUACAAUGUAAUGCAAUCAGAUAGCCUUGCAUCACUGAAAAGAGGUAUGAAAAGCCAAAUAAGCAUAUAGCUUUCAGUUUGUGUUCUCAAUAUUUCAGUUUAUUGACAUGUGAGUAUUUAAUGGAAAAACGAAAGCUAUGAAGUAAUAGAGCCCACAGAUUGUAAUACUGCUUUAGUUGCUCAUUGUUGGGUUUUUUUUGUUUUUGUUUUUUCGUUUCAUUUUUUUGUUACAGUCUAAAGUUUUUUUCUUCAAAAAACUUUAGUGAAUGCUUUACCAUGUAAAGUAUGGACAGUAAUUUUGUGAUGUUUAUGCCACAUGAAGUUGGCUAGCAAACAGCUUAUUCUGAUAAAGCAAUGACAAAUCUCAUGCUUCUUGAAGGACUGUGAAAGAUUGUGUCUUGGAACAGCAGCUGUCAUAUUUAUGAUGUGUAAGUAGCAUAGAGCAAAGAUUGUAUACUUGCUAUCUUUGGUACCAUCACUAAUAAAUUUAAGUAUUUUA